AUGGAUGCUAAAUUACGCGAUGAAGAAGCUAGAAGAUUGAGAGCUGCUGGUAAAUCAAAUGUUGAUGGUGUAGCAAAUGUGUCCCUAAUUUCUGGAAGAUUUUUUGUGUUAGUUGGAGCAGGAGAGAGAGCAGAGUCUCUUCCACGAGCAGUUUCAGGGGAGACUUUUCCUAUCGAACAGUUGGAUGCAUAUUGCCCUAAAAUUGGAAUGAUUCUUGCAAAUUGCUCUGCUAUUGGCAUGGAAUUAGAUGUGCAACAUGUUUAUUUCCUAAACUGGAUAUUAAUUACCUCGACACAAAGGAUUAUCUUGAUGUGCAGGCGAGAAGUUUUUGUUGCUGAUACGAGUGAAAGCAUGAAGGAAAACACAAUUGAGGUUACAAAGAAUGCAGUGAAGAGGAAACAAACACUGAUACGAACAUGUCAACCAUGUUUGAUGUGUUGA